CUUUUUCAUUUUUUAUGGUCUCCGGUCGAUCGACUGCGGCUAUCUCCUUCCUCCAUCGAGCACGAAUCGAUCGAUUCCCUUCGAACUGUGGAGCUCUGGUUAGGGUUUUCUCUCUCGCGAUUGCUUCCUCACCGCCGGUGUCGGAUCCCUUCGCUGAGUUCGGGAACAGAUCUCGAUCGUUGGAGGUUCCAGUCGCGAAAUUCGGAGGCGGCAGCGGCGGCGAGAGAUGAGCUGGUGGGAUUCCGCCGAGCUGGCGCCUUGUAUAUUUCUUGGGUUCUUCUGAUCUGGGGGUUGGCGGCGAGCGAGAUGUUCGUGAGCCGGCCGACGGUGCACCCUGUGGAGGCGCCGCCCCUUACGGAUGCGGCCGAGAACCCGCCCAGGGUGAGAAUGAAGGAGGUGCAGGGGAUGCCGGGGACGGCCGGAGGCCUCGCGCUUCGUCUCCUCCAGUUCGCGUUUGCGGCCGCGGCGCUCGGCGUCAUGGUCUCCACCAACGAUUUCCCUUCUGUAACCGCCUUCUGCUAUCUUGUCUCAGUGGCCAUCCUACAGAGCCUAUGGAGUAUCUCCUUGGCCAUGCUGGACAUAUAUGCUAUUCUCGUAAAACGCUCCUUGCAGAACCCUAAAGCUCUCUGUUUCUUUACUAUCGGAGAUGGGAUCACAUCCACACUGACAUUCGCUGCAGCUUGUGCAUCUGCCGGCAUUACGGUCCUGAUUGGUAAUGAUCUAAACAUAUGCUCACAGAACCACUGCACGAGCUUUGAGACCGCCACAGCAAUGGCCUUCAUCAGUUGGUUUGCAGUCUCUCCAUCAUUCCUCUUGAACUUUUGGUCAUUGGCAUCUAGAUGAAGAAUGAGAAUGAGAAUGACUGAAGUAUCUCUUUUUUUUGUUUAUCGUCUAUGAUCAAAUUGCCAAUUGCUAUCAUUUGUAUAGUAUGACUCGACUCCGACAGGACUGAUUGAAUAUAUGAGUUUGGUGUACUCUUCAGACGGUUGCUCCAGGGGUGUUCACAAUAUUGCAUCUCAACAAUGUACCUCGAGUGUGCUUUUUGAAAUUGGUUAAGGUUGUGUUGCCUGUCUGUACUCUCUUUGUCGGUGAUGAUUCUUUUCGAUAUUGCCAUCAUCGUGUGGUUCAUCGAUAGAACGUGUUCUAAGUUUUAAGUUGUGCAACAGCAAUAGUGUAGUGUAUCAAUCAAUGUUAGCUAUAAAAAGGCAAGUUGUGUUAUGAAACCACCUAA